AUGUCCCCUCCCUCCAAGUAUGCCACUCGAAGCCAGAGAGAACGCUGGUGGCAGCAAAUUAAACUCGAAGCUAUGCAAGCUCUCGAAGACGUCAAGCCGUGGAGUCUGGCACCUUUGCUCGACCAACAGCUUCAAUAUACGUUUGAAACGGUCAAGUUUCAGUGGCAAGACCUGGACGGUUUGAAUUGGGCUACAGGCAGAGAGAGGAACGGUUGUAUGACCCAGCAAAGUGGCGACUCACGUUACGACAACUGGGGCAACUCUGUCAAUAACUCCAAGGGCAGCAGUUCUUCGAUGUCAAUUCAACAUCGUGAACAAGGUCGUACACUUUGUCGUACGACUUCCUACGCUCACAUCGACCUGCACGAUCCAGGACGGAACGUGCCCGACUUGCCAGAAAAGCUAUUGAGCACAGAGCCACCAGAACAUCGUGUGUCGCCAACGCCUCGUCCUUCGACUCCAAAGGGUGAAGAACAGCAUGUAGACAGUGCUACAACAUAUUCCGACAUUGACGAUAUAAUCGAUGUCGUCCUCAAUCUCAUUGAUUGUAAUCCGGAGCUUGAAGAUGUUAGCGACGAAAACAUCGUUGAGCUGGUGAAGAGGAUUGCUGUACAGAUGGAGGAAGAGAAUCGUUAG